GCUGCAGAUGAACAUUUUGAGAACCUGAGGAAACAGUAUGCUGAAAGUGUUCAAAAAAUGAGAAAUCUUGCUGAUGAGGCUACAGAUACUGUGAAAUUCAUAAAAGCAUCAGAGGACUGUAUAAUGAAGCAUACAAAGAAAUGUGAAGAGUCUGUUGUUCACCAAGAACCCCAGCACAUGGUUGACAAUACUUCCAGCAUUGCUCGACUGGCUAAUCGAGUUUUAAUGUUAGCAAAGCAGGAGUCUGAAAACUCUGAGGAUCCACAUUAUAUUAGCCAGGUCAAUAUAGCAGCUGACCAACUUCAAUGUGCUGUAACUCCUAUGGUACAGGAUGCCAAAGCAGUUGCUAUGGAUAUGACUGACCACAGAGCUGUAUCCAGAUGGCAGGAAUCAAACAAAACUCUUAUAACAUCUGUGGGUCAGGUACGUCAUGCAGUGACUGUGACACCAGAGGAAGAGCCUCCAGCAAUUCCUCCUCCCCCCGAUAUGCAUAAUCUUCAUAUAAGUGCUCCACCACGUCCACCUUUACCAGGCCAGGAAGAUGUACCCCCACCUCGUCCUCCCCCUCCAGAAACAGAUGAUGAGUUUGAAGCAUCAUUUCCAGCUCUUCAGCCAAAUCAGCCAAUCAUGAUGGCAGCUCAUGGUCUUCAUCAAGAAGUAAGGCAAUGGUCGAGCAAGGAUAAUGAAAUUGUAGCUGCUGCUAAGAAGAUGGCUUUGUUAAUGGCAAACCUUAGUCAGUUGGUUAGAGGAGAAGGAGGCUCCAAGAAAGAUUUAAUAUCAUGUGCCAAAGCUAUUGCUGAAGCAUCUGAAGAAGUAACCAGGCUAGCCAAGGAACAGGCACGAAUUUGUACAGAUAAAAGAAUGAGAACAAAUAUUCUCCAGAUCUGUGAACGAAUCCCAACAAUAGGAACUCAAUUGAGAAUUCUGUCCACUGUGAAAGCAACGAUGUUGGGGGCUCAAGGGACUGAAGAAGAUCAGGAAGCUACAGAUAUGUUGGUUGGUAAUGCCCAAAACUUGAUGCAGAGUGUGAAGGAAACUGUCCGAGCCUGUGAAGCAGCUUCUAUUAAAAUUCGUACUGACUCUGGAAUCCAAGUUCGUUGGGUUCGCAAGCAGCCAUGGUAUCAGUACUAAAUCAGUUCAGCAGCUAAGAACUAUACUUUUGUGUUAGAACUGAUUUCUUAAUUCAAAAGCACUGUGGUUUUUAAGUUUUUUUAGUGUGCACCCAUUUUUAU